UUUCGGCUCAGCCAUGGCUCCCUGUUAGAUGCUCAAAGCGGCUGUUGUCAGAGCGAAUUAUAUCUACUCUCGCUCGCUGCUUUCCUCCUGACCUUGCCUGCCUCCGGUUGGGUUUUUAAUAUUUUAUUUAGGAUUCCUGCGCUGCCUCCCCAUGGCUACAUCGGAUGGACUAGACGGCUGUCUGCAGCGAGGCAGAUCUCAAAGUGACCCGAACAUACUCACCGAACCGGGCAUCGAGUUGGCUCACGGCACAGUAGAUGUGGUGGACCAGCAGAGGGUGCUGAGGACAGGUUGCUUGGUGACUGGGGUGCACACACCGCCAAUCCGACGUAACAGCAAGCUGGCCACCCUGGGGCGCAUCUUCAAGCCCUGGAAGUGGAGGAAAAAGAAAAACGAGAAGCUCAAGCAGAGUUCCACAGAUGUAGCAUUAUCGAGUGGCCUUCUAUGCCACGACCCAAACUCCCCCACCCAAGGCUGCUGCUCGGAUGGUGCGGUCUUACUUGGAGGAUUUGGGGGACCAUUGAAUCCAAACCUCACAGUAAGCAGUGUGGAAUACCUUGGUCCUGAGGAGGAGCAUCCCCCUUCAGCCGCCCCUCUCCAAGACUGUGAACGGGUGGAGGAGAAUAUGCGACUACCGGAGGAGGAGGGAGAUGAGGAGGUGCACCCUGCAGGGGAUUUACCUGAGGGACUGCAGGACAUGGGAGAACAGAUGGAAGAGAGAUCAGAGGAAGAGAUUCCUCCAGGAACUUCCCCACCACAAGUACCUCCAAAACUUUUGCCCCAGCUGAGCACUGGAGAUGAUUCAGGUCCUGUAUCACUCCCUACUCAUCUGCCCAACUCCUACCUCCCCAAGGAGCCUCUACCCAGGGCCACAGAAAGUCUGGCCUCAAUGACCCUGCCACUAAGAGGGCCUCUGGCCAACCCCUCAGGGUCCCCACAUCUAGGCAAUAUGAUACACCCUCCCAUGCCCCCUAGCUGCAUAAUGGAGGAACUGCAAAGAGCUUUCGCUUCUAAGAACAGACAGGAGAGUGUCCAUGAUGGGUGUGAGCAGGGCUCACCCCCGCGGAUGUGGUGCUCCGACGGACGGCUCUCUCGCUCCUGCAGCUCGGAUAACCAACACACAUCGUCUCUGGGGGGAAGUUGUUUGGGGAUUGGAGGGUCUGACUGGCCCAAGAAGGAGGCAGAGGAGAACAAGGAGAAUGUGCGGCUGGACCAGUGCUUCUCCAACACCUCAGGCCUCCCCACCGACUUGGACGGCUGGAACGAGUCUGUUAUCUCUGGCACACUUCCUCGCAGGCUAAGGAAGGAGUUGCUGGCUUUCAAACUACGAAACAGGCCCAGCAAGCAGGAGCUGGAAGACAGGAAUAUCUUCCCAGCAAGGAGUGAUCAGGAGCGCCAGGAAAUUCGCCAGCAGAUUGAGAUGAAACUCGCCAAGAGGCUGAGCCAGAGACCGAAUGUGGAGGAGCUGGAGAGUCGGAACAUUUUGAAACAGAGAAAUGACCAGACAGAACAGGAGGAGAGGAGGGAGAUCAAACAGCGGCUAAACAGAAAGCUCAACCAGCGGCCCACAGUAGAUGAACUGCGGGACAGAAAGAUCCUCAUCCGCUUCAGUGACUAUGUGGAGGUAGCUAAAGCUCAGGACUACGACAGGAGAGCAGACAAGCCCUGGACUCGUCUGUCAGCAGCAGACAAGGCUGCAAUCCGGAAAGAGCUGAACGAGUUUAAGAGCACCGAGAUGGAAGUGCAUGCCUCAAGCAAACAUCUAACGAGGUUCCACCGACCGUGAAAGUGCGGAGUUUCUUCUGUGAAGAAAUGCUGAGCUUUGACAUUUCCUGAAGCUGCUAGAAGCUGCUCAGUGGCGUCAGUUCAAAGAGCCCGGAGCCUUUCUGUCUUCGGCGCGCCUUUUUUUAAGAAUCUUCCGCCACCCUUGACCAUCAUAUUAUCAGUAUGAAGUCACGGGUGUGGGAGAGACGAUGAUGGUAAUGUUAGCACUGGUGUGUCCUGGAGACUGCUGAGUGCCAACGUGGAAACUGGCGGGUGGAAGAGACUUUGGUGGAGCCUCUGACUCUCAGGACAAGAGCAGAGGAUUAAAAAAACAAAA